GCUGCAGAAAGUUUAGUUGUGUCAACUGAACUGUGACUCCUCCUGCGUGUAUUUCUCCGCUGUGGUUAUUUUGAAGAGUCAAAAUGCUGCGCAGGUGAACUUGCUCCUCCUUGUCUCGUCGGGGUGUUUGAGAGAGAGUGAAUGAAUCGUCAUGUUCGUGUUGGUGGACAUGGUCGACACUGUUCGGAUCCCUCCGUGGACCUUCGGCAGGCAGCUGAACGAGGCCAUAUCCGAGGAGCUGAACAAGAAACUGGCCAACAAGGUGGUGUACAAUGUGGGCCUCUGUAUCUGCCUGUAUGAUAUCACCAAACUGGAAGACUCUUUCAUCUUCCCAGGAGAUGGCGCCUCACACACUAAAGUUCAUUUCAGGUAUGUUGUUUUCCACCCGUUCCUUGACGAGAUCCUCAUCGGUAAAAUCAAGUACUGCAGUCAGGAGGGAGUUCACGUGACGAUGGGCUUCUUUGACGACAUCCUCAUCCCGCCAGAGUCUCUUCAGCAGCCCGCAAAGUUUGACGAAGCAGAGCAAGUAUGGGUCUGGGAGUACGAGACGGAUGAGGGGGCACACGACCUCUACAUGGACCAAGGAGAAGAGAUACGGUUUCGGGUAGCAGAUGAAGUCUUUGUGGACACGUCGCCAACGGGCCCGACUGCUCCAGCUACUGACACAUCGGCACAGCCAGGACAAUCCACAGCACCGCAGGCAGAGGAGAGCGGGGAGAAGAAGGAGGCACCAUACACUCUGAUUGGGACCAUCUGUGAUCCCGGACUGGGGCUGCUGUCGUGGUGGAACAGCUAGCAACACAGAGGAAGAAAAGAUUGUUUUGUGUGUCUGUAAACAGAUGGACUUCUGCAACUGCUCCGAGACAUGAGGGACAGUCAGCAGAGGACAGUGUCCUGACACAAAGAAGUGUAGACGAUACAGACUGUGAUUGAAACAUGAGCCCAAAAUACAUCAGCUUGGUCAUUGCAUGUAUAAUUAGCUUUUAUAUAUAUUUUUAAAACCAAAUAAUGAUUUUUAUUUUAUAUAUGUCACAUGGGAAUUUCCAGAAAAUAAUUAGGUCAUUAAUCAUUUCAUUGAUAACAUUAAUGUAUUAUUACUGGCUCAGUUUUUGUUCUUCAAAACAGACUUUAAAUUUGUGUAACUUGUCAGGGUACAUAUAAAUAAAAGCAACAUUACAACAAGAAAAACGUUUUCUUUUUAGACAUGUACUGGAUCUAUUAAAUUUAUGAGGCUUUA